AUGGCCAAGGUCAUCCUUUACUCCAGUGGGAGUGGGUGCUCAUCACAUUCCCUCCCUUCACUAACAGACAACCAGCGUGGGAGGACAGCGAUGCCUACAUGUCUCUUGGAGUUAGGCACCGGCGCUGUGAUGCCAGUGAUUGCCGUUACCCCGGUGGCAGGGAGCAGGCAGAGAGAGUGGGGUGAGUUACCUCAGCAGCCCUCUGGAGCUCGGCGUGGGAUCGCAGCCUCACCACAGGCUGGGAGAGCACAGACUGGGCACCAGAGCUGUGCCGGGCGCUCCCUGGCUCAGCUCACUUUGUCCUCACGGCCACAACCCAUUUGUUUCCCCAGGCCCUGGCAGCUGCUCCUCUGCAGCUCCUGUGCCGCACAAGGCACUCACCGGUGCUGCUCCAACUUGAGUCACAGCACAACCAGCUGGGAGUGCAGCGCCUGUGCUGGAGAGGGCACCGGUAAGAGGCAAACGGCUGCGUGCAGCUGGGCUGGGGCCAGGCGAGGUUUUGCUCAAAUCCCUUUCACCCUUGAGGAAUGGGACCCUGUCCCACCGCAGGGCUGGAGAUCUGUCCUGCUCACCUUCCUGUCUCCCCUUACAGCUUCCAGCACCAAUUUGGACACUGCUGGCCCCAACACCAUCAGCCAGCAGGGACUGGGGCCAUCCCAAGGCCCCAUAGGACAGGACAACAGCAGCUCCGGCACCACCAACCAACCAGAUCAUGAUUCCCAGGUGCCUGAGCUGCUCUCCAGGCAGACACGGCGGGCCCGGACUCGAAGCCGCUCGCCUCUGUACCAUCGGGCUGCAGAUAACAACAGACAGCCCCAAAGACGCCGCAGGAGCCGGUCCAGGCGGCGUGGGCCAGCCCGGGGGCGAAGCCGCUCCCGGCUUCCACGUGGGGCCCAGAACAUCAACCACCGGCCCCACUGA